AUGAGAAAACUAUGCGUAUAUAUCCAUGUGCUUAUAGUGUGCGCAGUCUACUGGGUGAAGUGCCAUAGGAUAAAGCAGCAAAUAGAUGCGUAUUUGCAUCUUAACCUCACAACCAUUGUGGAGACACUAGAGAUUCCAAAGUGGAAGGUAGAAGAAGCACACAAAAUAAUGCAAGAUAUAUACAGUAGAAGUAAUCUACCGAUUCAAAUUACAUGCAACCAAAUAACAUACGCAAAUAUGCAUCCCCCUGCAAGCGAAUCAGCACAUGACAUCCAGUCUGACUACAACCAGCAAAUAAACGGAAUUGAUUUAUUUAAUGGCCUGAAAAGCAUAACUGCCAAGAUAAGAAGAUCCAGUCCGCAAGAGGAAAAGGACCAGCCCAUAUUCUUUCUGCAUUUGGAGAAAGAUCCUUCAGUUUACGGUGCAUCAAUUGAAGGGGGACUUCUAAAUGGAAAUCCAAUUGCCGUCUGCACGGUUAAGCCAGAUGAUACGCCAAAGGAAAUAGGUGAAACAAUGGCACAUGAAUUAGCCCAUCUAUUAGGUGCCCCGCAUGAUAUGCUUGGGAGCCCAUGUGCCUCACCAGAAUAUUUAAUGGAGAAGACGUACACGAAAACUCUUCACCAAAAAGUAUUUAGUCCUUGCUCAAUAGAAGCCAUGAAAAAACAUCUUCGAAAAAAUGAAACUGAAAGAGGCAAAGUGGAGGCUUGA